AGGCCACUUCGUUCAACCCCUCCUUCAGACAGCCCAUUCACACACAUCACAGCCAUGUCGAUGGGCAUGGGCGCCCCAGGUCGUCGCCCUGCGCGAGGCGGAAAGAUCAAGGGACCCAAGAGGGUCGGCCUCGAUGUGUCCAUCGACCAGAUGUGGGCCCGGCUGGCCAAGGCCAUCGGCCAUAUCCAAAAUCAUGACAUUUCCAAGCUCAGUUACGAGGAGCACUACCGCUACGCUUACAACCUCGUCCUAUACCAGCAAGGUGACAUGCUCUAUUCGGGCGUGAGAAAACUCAUCGAGGAGCAUCUCGUCAAAUUGUGCAUCGAGAAGAUUGUUCCGGCGUUCCCACCAGGAGGCCCCUCCUCGGUGCCGCCAGGCAUCAUCAUCCCAGUCAUGCUCCGGCAACAACAGGAAAAGGCCAGGCAGCAGCAAAAGGCCGCUCGGGGCGCCGCCACGGCCUCGGUCAAGGGCAAAGCCAAGUCCUCGUCCCUAUACCCACAAGCCGAUCUGAUCAUCGGGCAAGAGACCACCGAUUCGGCAUCGUCGGAGGACGACGUGAUGGGCGUGGGCGUGUCAGCGGCACAGGGAGCAGGAGAUCGAGCAGACAUGGUGGCCAGAAGCCAGGCGGGUGAGAGGCUUCUCAAGGCCGUCAGCGAGGUGUGGCAGGACCACUGCGCGUGCAUGAGUAAGCUGCGCGAAGUCCUCAAAUACGUUGACCGCGUCUAUGUGGCGCAAGCGGAAGUGCGUCCGAUCUGGGACCUAGGCUUGGAGCUCUUUCGUGACACCCUGCUGCGGAGCACGCGCUUCGCCAUCGACCACCGCCUUUACACCACGCUCCUCACCCAAAUCCAGAUCGAGCGCGAGGGCUCGGUCAUCAACCGGAGCGCAGUCAAGUCCAACAUUGACAUGCUCAACUCCCUCAAUCCUCCCAAACACUGGGAUGGCACCACAAAAAGCAUGAUGUACAAGAUCGAAUUCGAGCCGGCCUUUCUGGCUACCAGCGAGGAGUUCUACAAGGUCGAAGCUGAGAAGAUGCUCGACGGCGGCGACGCGAUCCGGUAUCUACGCCAUGUUGAGCGACGCUUCGAAGAGGAAGACACCCGAGUGGCUGUCUACCUCUCUUCCCAAACCAAUGCACCGCUUCGGAGCCUGCUGGAGCGAUGCUUGCUCUCAAAGCACCUCCAGACCAUAGUCGACAUGCCAGGAAGCGGACUGGUCACCAUGCUUGAUGACAAUCGCAUCGAGGACCUCGAGAGGCUCUAUCGUCUCUUCCGACGAGCCGAUGGUCUGCAGGUGCUCAAGCUCGGCCUCAAGGCCUAUGUCAAUGCAAAGGGAAAGAUCAUAAACACGGCCGUCGAAACGACAUCAAAGGCAGCAACUCCAGUCAAGGACGAAGCGGGCGGUGCAGCAACUUCGCAGGCGUCGACACCACAAGCAGCAACUGCAAUCAAGUGGGUCGAGGACGUCUUGGCCUUCAAGUCUCGCUUUGAUCGCCUCUUGCCGGUCAGUUUCCACGACGACAAGGGCUGCGAGGUGUCGAUCAAUGAGGCAUUUGAGACAUUCGUCAACAGCAAUCCGCGCGCACCCGAAUUCAUCUCCCUCUUCAUCGACGAGAAUCUCAAAAAGGGUCUCAAGGGAAAGACGGAGGAAGAGGUGGACCAGGUCCUUGAUCAGACGAUCACUGUGUUCAGAUUCCUCCACGAGAAGGACGUCUUCGAGCGCUACUACAAGGGACACCUGGCCAAGCGCAUGCUUCAGGGCCGCAGCGUGUCGGACGACGCUGAGCGGGGCAUGAUGGCCAAGCUCAAAGUCGAAUGCGGCCACGGCUAUGUGCAAAAGUUGCAGGGCAUGCUCAACGAUAUGAAGGUGUCUGAGGAGACCAUGGCAGCCUUUAAUGAGAGCAUUCGCAAGUCUGGCCGGCCCAUGCCGUUCGAUCUCAGCGUCAACGUCUUGACAUCGACGUACUGGCCCAUCAGCGCCCAGGCUCAGACGUGCACGAUGCCCGCCGUGAUGAUGGACGCGCGACAGGCCUUUGAGCGGUACUACCAGUCGCGACACAGCGGCCGCUUGCUGACCUGGCAUCCCAACCACGGCAACGCGGACGUUCGAGUGACCUUCAAGAGCCGCAAGCAUGAACUCAACGUCAGCACAUACGCCCUCGUCGUGCUCCUCGUCUUUGAAGAUGUGGACGAGGGCCUGUCGCUAAGCUUCCAAGAGCUCCAAUCCAGCACUGGCAUCUCGAUGGCCGAUCUCCAGCGCACGCUGCAGAGCCUGGCGUGUGCCAAAUACAAAAUCUUGCUCAAAGAGCCAAAGGGUCGCGAGGUCGGAACGGCCGACAGGUUCAGCUUCAACCACGGCUUUCAAUGCAAUCUGGCGCGCAUCAAGAUCGCGCAGGUCGCUGCGAGGGUGGAGAGUGCUAGUGAACGCAAAGAGACGACCGAGAAGGUGGAAGAGGAGCGCAAGAACCAGGUCGAAGCAUGCAUCGUCCGUGUUAUGAAAGACCGAAAGACAAUGACGCACAACGACUUGGUCAACGAGGUGAUUCGGCAGCUCUCCAGUCGUUUCGGGCCCUCGCCAACUCUGGUGAAGCGGAGGAUCGAGAGUUUGAUCGACCGAGAGUACCUCGAGAGGUCCGAGAACAUGAACGUCUACAAUUACCAGGCAUAGCAGCCUCACUCCCACUUUCCAUUAUUCUCUCUCUUUCCUCGCGCCAUCAUCUUAUCCCUGGACUCAGACACUGUAAACUUUUCCCCCUUCCUGAGCGGUGAUCCAACGGUAGGCAUCCAAACAACACGACAACCAACAUUCUGUAUUAGCAGCGUUUCUUUCUCUAUCACACGACAACAACGAAGAAUACAAUGUUGAAGAUAUCCAG